AUGGUAACCAUCAGACCUGUGGAGAAGUCCGACCAUGACGAAUGGUUGGCCCUGUUUUCGGGACCCUCGUCAUAUCUUGAGUUUUAUGAAAGUAAACUCGAUAAAGAGACCAUAGAAUUUACAUUUGCGCGUUUUUUAGAUACCGAGGUACCCAUGUGGUGUGUGGUAGCUGUUGAUGGAGACGGCAGGCUGGUGGGGUUUGCGCAUUACCUUAGGCACUUGGAUACCUGGAACAUGCGCGAUAGGAUUUAUCUGAAUGACCUGUUUGUCAAGGUGGAUGGAAGGCUUAAAGGCAUUGGAAGAGCUUUGAUUGAGAAUGUCUACGCAGAAGCAAAGGCUAUGGGAUGUUUCAAGGUUUAUUGGAUGACACAGUUUGAGAACCAUCGUGCACAGUUGCUCUAUACUAGGGUGGGAAAGAAGUCAGGAUUUCUGGUUUACGACAAUCCUAACCCUGAGCUUUGA